CAGGAAUAGCAACACGCCUUUCUUUUAAAGUCAUUUCUUUAGGGGAUGGGAUGCGGAAGGAACGGAGAUCAGGGAGAACACUAACCUGUGCACCUUUGAUUUAGCAGCAUUACAUAAAACAGCAGUGUAGGAACAGGGCUAGAAGUUAAGCUGAGAAUACGAAUAGAGGUGGGUUGGAGAUGUUUGGCAAGUGGGGGUGUGUGUGAGUAGAAUGGAAACGGAGGGUGGACGAUGAAAGUGGGGUGGACGUCAGGAUAGAAGGGGGAAUGGCGAUGAGGAAGGGAUAGGGUGGGAAUGGAGGUAGGGAGGGGCGGGGAAGACGACGCUGUGGGAAUAGGGAUUGAGAUGAGCUAGGGUAGGAAUGUAGGUAAGAAUGGAAAUAGGCUGGGGAGAAGGUGAGGAUGUAGACCGUAGUGAGCUAGGGAAAUGUAAGGGUUCGGGAUGGGGGAUAGGAUCAGGGCAGAGAGAUUAUUUAUAUCCCUACUUCCCAGAUGUACCACCCAAUGUUACAUUAUGUUCUGACUCCUUAGCACCCCAAAAGAGAACAAAUACGACUAAUGAUUUAUUUAUUUAGGGGGUGAGUGGGCUAGAAAAAAGAGGGGAGGCUGGGGAGGAGAUGGGGGAGGGAAACCUCGAAGGGAAGGCGCUCUGAGAAGUGAAGGAAAACAUAUGUGUAACCUCAGCCCCCAGCUCUCAGCUGACUAACAGGUUAGUUAGACGGGUGAGCCGGCAUUCCGCAGGAAAAGGGGGAGGGGGGAAGGAGACAGACAGACAGAGAAAGAGGGGGAGAGAGACAAGGAGAGGGAGGGAGAGAGAGGGAGAGAGUAGGAGAGUGAAAGCGCGAGAGAGCGCGCCAGCGGGUUUUUAAAGGAGGCACUUUUACUUCCUAAUGAAUAUUUAUUCUCCGCUCCUGCCAGCGCCCGGCUUCCCUUACCUUACAGCAGGUCAUUCCAUGGUAUUCCGCUCCCCUCUAGAGCUCUAUCCCUCCCACUUCUUCUUGCCAAACUUCGCGGAUCCUCACCACCGCUCCCUACUUCUGGCUAGUAGCAGCGGCGGCGGCGGCGGCGGGAGCAGUGCGGGAGGAGGCGGCGGCGGCGGCGGCGCGGGAGGAGGCGGCGCGGGAGGAGGCGGCGGCGGUGGCGGAGGAGGCGGCGGCAGCGGCGGCGGCUCCAGGGCCCCCCCGGAAGAGUUGUCCAUGUUCCAGCUGCCCACCCUCAACUUCUCUCCGGAGCAGGUGGCCAGCGUCUGCGAGACGCUGGAGGAGACUGGGGACAUCGAGCGGUUGGGACGCUUCCUCUGGUCCUUGCCCGUGGCCCCGGGGGCGUGCGAGGCCAUCAACAAGCACGAGUCCAUCCUGCGCGCCCGAGCCGUGGUCGCCUUCCACACGGGCAACUUUCGCGACCUCUACCACAUCCUGGAGAACCACAAGUUCACCAAAGAGUCGCACGGCAAGCUUCAAGCCAUGUGGCUGGAGGCGCACUACCAGGAGGCGGAGAAGCUACGCGGCCGUCCUCUCGGCCCAGUGGACAAGUACCGAGUGAGGAAGAAGUUCCCGUUGCCCCGGACCAUCUGGGACGGCGAGCAGAAGACUCAUUGCUUCAAGGAGCGGACUCGGAGCCUGCUCAGGGAGUGGUACCUUCAGGACCCCUACCCCAACCCCAGCAAGAAACGCGAACUGGCUCAGGCCACGGGCCUCACUCCCACACAAGUAGGCAACUGGUUUAAGAACCGGCGGCAGCGCGACCGGGCGGCUGCGGCCAAGAACAGGCUGCAGCAUCAGUCGAUCGGACAGAGCGGCAUGCGCUCGCUGGCUGAGCCCGGCUGCCCGACGCACGGCUCGGCAGAGUCGCCAUCCACGGCAGCCAGUCCCACAACCAGUGUGUCCAGCCUGACAGAACGAGCGGACACCGGCACCUCCAUCCUCUCGGUAACCUCCAGCGACUCGGAAUGUGAUGUAUGAUAGCGGAAAGACGGUCCUCCUCCACCUCUCCCUACUCUCCCUCCUCCUCUUCCUCCUUUUCCUCCCCCCUCCCCCAAUUCCUAUCUCUCCCACCCUAGAGCAAACCCAAAUCAGGACACACAUACACACACAUACACACAACCACACACGCACACACAAAGCCAAAAUUUUAAAAAGCAAGAAACAUUAGAAACUAAUCAAAAACUGUCAGCAAAACCCAACCACCUUCAGCCACCACCGCCACACAACGGACCCGGACGCCAACAGACAUUCACAAAUGCUGAUGUUGCGGGGGGAACAAUUAAAAGAGGUGACAAUUGUAUACUUUCUAGGACAAGCACGACUUCUCCUUUCGCUUCCCAUGGACGAGGCACCCCACCUGCAUGACGGUUUAUUUGUAUCUGGGAAAAUAUUCUCUAUAGCUUAAAACGAUUUAAAAAGAAUCGAAUACACAAUCACCACCGAGGCAACAACGGGCGACAAAGACCAAAAAUGACAAAAACAGCAACAACUACAACAAAAAAUGAACCCACCAACGCCAUCUCCGUUCUGAAUUUGUACAAAAAAAAGAAAGAAAAAAAGAGAACUUCUUGUGAAGAGGGAAAUAGCAAAU